AUGGAUACAAAAAGAGCAAACAUGGUAGAAAACGGAAUUAUGAACGAGAACACAAGAAAGCUAUUGUCGAAGGAUGACAGCGCUGAUAUAACUGCAAAGACGGAAGGUGACUAUGAUCUGGUGAUGGCGAAGGUAUACAAAGAGCAAAAAAUGAAACUCGGAAAAAUUCUCAAUGACCACGGCCCCUACGCACCGUACAGCAUGAAGAGCGGAUUCGAGUACACAGUAACUCUUCCAAAAGCCGACAAGAUUAUGGUUGCACAAGCGAACGAGAAGGUGGAAGGAUAUACACUGAAAAACAUGCAUUUGGAAUACGAAACCAUCGAGAACGAAGAACUGGCCAAACGAGUGAACGAAGGAUAUGAAGUCGGUAGAUCCUUAUCCUACGAACACACAACAUUGUUGAAAACAACCGUGUGGGCGAAGGAUGCUACAAGGUUCAAUGAGAGCAUAGACGUCCCAAGGGUAAGCAUGAAAGCUGUUGUUCUACUCUUCAGAAAAAAAGACAAUAACCGACAGCGAGGAAUACAUCUUCCCAAACAUCGAGAAAGUAAAGGUUACGAUAGAGGGCAAGCCGAAUGCCGUUACAGUCAGGGCUUAACAACGGAAGAUUUCUACGACGAAGCAAAAAGACUAUUCGGAAUAGCAAACAACACCUGUAACGACAACAUAAGCGUUAGGAAAUUCUACAAAAAUAAAUUUGCAUUGGUGGUUGAUCUGAGAGCUGUUGAUGACAAUCAUAUCGUUGGAAGUGGAAAAAAGCUUCUCGGUGAUAAUCCCGGAAUUCUUCUGGAGAUCGAAACAGACGGGAUGUCCGAAGACAUUUUCUGUAACAUUUUCGUGUUAUCGAUGGACUUAUAA